AGCAAAGGGCCCGCGGCAUGCAGAGCUGUGCAGGGGAGAGAUAGGUCGCUUCGGGUUUCAGAGACACGUACUGACUACAGACCUGCGGCAUUUAGUGGGGUAGCUCAGAGGAGAAGCAGUGAAUGAGACUAACGGAGCGGAACACAGAGGAAUAAGAGUCCGUUCCUGUGAAUCAUGAACAUCACUGACCGACUGAUGACAGUGUAGGCUACAAAAUGGCUCGUAUUCUAACUUAGAACUAAUCACUCAUUUGGGUGCAGCAGGACAGUUUCGCGACAGUUUGAAGAAGAAAAAAGAUACCUGCAAAGCUUUUUCGCCAACAGAGAAAUACACCCUCUCAAAAGCUCCCCAGCGUUUAAGGUCGAUUGGGUUCCUCUUCUGCCCUUCUUUACCUGUUAGAUAAGGCUUUCCGUGUUGAUAAAACCAGAGGUGGAGGUGUAAAAUGGACGAGGUUCAGAAGUGGGGAGUCGCUGGUAAACCGGGUGAGGAGAGGAAAACUCACGGUGAGCAGCAGCAACCUUCCAAAACGCCGCUAUGGAAAAAUUGGAGAGAUUUGUCGAGCGUAACGAUUUGCAUCGCGGUAUGUGUUCUGUGCCUUGGAGUUUGCAUUGUGGAUCAUGUGCGGACCUCGGAGUUCCAGUCCAGGGUAGUAAGUCUGGAGCAGCAGCAGUUCUCCGCGUGGAUGUUGUCUCUAGAACAGGUGGAGCCCGUUAUCCUGGGCCGACUGGAGCAGAUCCUGGAGGAGAAGCUUGCAGCACGGCUUCCGAAAACACGGGAGAUGAGGGAGGCUCCCCACAACUGCCUGUGUCCCCCAGGACCCCCAGGCUUUAAAGGACAAGCAGGGGAGAAGGGAGCACCGGGUGAGCCUGGUCUGUCAAUAAUUGGACCAAGAGGACCUCCUGGACAACCUGGAACCAGAGGAUUUCCAGGCUUUCCAGGUCCAAUAGGGUUGGAUGGCAAGCCUGGACAGAUUGGACCGAAGGGAGACCAGGGUCAGCGUGGUGCCAAAGGACUCCCUGGGGAACCUGGACCCAAAGGGGAGAAGGGCAUAUGUGGAGACUAUACACACAGGGGCCUCUUUGUGCAGGAUCUUCCUCUGAAAACCCUGGCUGCCUUGCGCUCCAGUCAGGCUCUGAUGUUAAAGGGCGAGCCUGGAGCACAGGGACCCCCAGGACCGCCAGGACCACCCGGACUCCCAGGGACCCCAGGCCUGAAUGGAGCCAGUGGCCCUCCGGGUAAGCCCGGUGAACCAGGCAAACCAGGAAAAGACCCCAGGCUUUUACCAGGACUGAAGGGUGAGCCAGGUGUGCCAGGACAAAAGGGAGAUCGAGGUGAUAUUGGUCCAAUAGGUCCUGAAGGCUUAAAGGGAGUUAAGGGAGACCAAGGAAUUAAGGGAGAUGAAGGAAAGAGAGGUUUCCCUGGAGAGAGGGGAGAGAAGGGCCAGGCUGGCAUCCCUGGUACCCCUGGCAUCCCUGGAAAGAGGGGCUACAGGGGUGAGAAGGGAGAGCCAAGCAUUGCAGCCCAGGGAAUUAAAGGAGAACCAGGUUCACCAGGACUGCCUGGUCUAAUGGGACCCAAGGGUGACAUAGGUGACAAAGGAGACAAGGGGGAAGUAGGUCCUGAAGGCCCGGCUGGACCAAGAGGUCCUCCAGGUCCACCUGGGGAGCCAGGAAAGGCUGAAAUUCACAACAAUGAAAAUGAUAUUCGCAACUUACCCCUGAUGGGCCCCCCUGGAUUACCUGGACCUUCUGGGCCCCCUGGACUCCCUGGUGCCAAGGGUGAAGUUGGUCUACCUGGUCCUCCAGGAUUGGACGGAGAGAAGGGACCCCGGGGAAAGCCUGGAGAGCCUGGUCCUCCAGGCCCAGCUGGUCCCGAAGGUCCCAGAGGGGAAGGUGGUGUUAUGGGUUUCCCAGGACCCAAAGGAGACAAGGGAGACAUGGGUCCAUCUGGAUCACCUGGUUUAGAUGGCCCUACGGGUGAAAAAGGGGCUACAGGGGCCCCUGGCCCUAUUGGAUUACCUGGCUCAAUGGGUCCUAAAGGUGAACCUGGAGUAGGAGGAAGGUCAGAAAUGAUAUAUGGCCCUCCAGGGCCCCCAGGACCUCCAGGACCAGUUGGCCCAGCAGGAGCUCAAGGAUUUCCGGGGCCUAAGGGAGAACCAGGCAUAGGCAUCAGAGGAGAAAAGGGAGCGACAGGUCAGAAGGGUGACAAAGGAGACAGAGGCCAUCUUGGACUCCCUGGGGCUCAUGGGUUAGACGGCAGACCGGGUCCAGUGGGUCUAAUAGGACCAUCAGGUGUACCAGGGCCAGCAGGACCAAAGGGAGAGAGAGGUGAAAAGGGAGAUGUAGGAUUACCAGGACCAAUUGGGCCUCAAGGCAUCCCUGGUUUAGUAGGACCACAAGGACUCAAAGGGAACCGGGGAGAGAGGGGCAAGAAAGGCAACAGGGGGGCCAAAGGGGAUAAGGGAGACCAAGGAGCACCUGGAUUAGAUGCCCCCUGUCCGUUGGGAGACGAUGGCUUACCUGUACCAGGAUGUUGGAAUAAAGGUCAACAUCCUUUCCAACUGGCUAAGAAGUAGGGCUACUAAAGACUGUCUUCAUGAUGCCACAGAGAGGAAACUUGAAGACAUUUUGAGGUAUCUUUGAGUUUUUACCCAAACCUGGAGUUGGCAUUUCAACAUUUUUCCAGGAGGCUGAACACAGGGCCAGUAACGUCGGAGGCUCUGGUUGUAGUGGGAGAGCACAUUAACUUUGGUAAGACUGGAAAGUGGAGACGUUGCACCAUCGUUGGUUUAGUUAUUGAGGCUCUCUGGACAGGACAACCAUCACAGCCACAGGGACACAACUGUAUAUACUGAUGUGUUUCUUUGACUGCAUACAGUUUGAUCUAUUUAUCUUGUAGUGAAAGUGAGGCAUGGACACUUUAGCACAUGCUAUUUGUUGGGUUUGAUGUAACAUCAAUACUUUAACUGUGAUACAGAAAUCAGAGCAGCUCACAGAGCAGGUAGAUGCCAUGUGUUUCCAAGAAAAACAAAAAAACAAAGGGAUACCCUCUUGAUGAUUCCUUCUUGAUAUUUUCUAAUUCACUGCCUUUUCAACAAUCCUUUUACAAGCAGCUAUGACAUUUUGUUAGAAUCACUGUGCCAUAGAGGAAAUACUCUAAAACCAGCAUCUAACAUCAUGCCUGGUCACAUAUAUGAUAUUCUUUGCUUUUUCUAUUGAGGUGUUAACAGACAUCAUGAUCCAAUGCUGUACUGUAAGUAUUGUAACAUAUAAGACAAAGGAUUGUAUAGAAGUACUCAGUCUGUGUAAAUAGAUUCAUUGAUGAAACAUGAUUUUACGUACAGAAUAAGCAUAAAGAUUCUCAGAGGGCAGUGUCCACGUGCUGAUUAGGUACAGAUGACUGACACUUGUAAGAGAGAAAAAACCCAUGAUUUAUCUAUCUGCAUGCAACACAUAUCCAGUCUCUAUCACAUGCAGAAAAAUAUAUUGCAUGCAAUAUAGUUGUUUUGUUUUUUUACUCAAAUAAUGUUAAAUUUGUCAAGUUUGUUUUUCAAAUGAUUUUAUUGUUUUGUAACUGUGAAUAUAAUUAGUUAAAAACAAAAACGUCACAGUCGGAAUAUGUUAACAGCUGUUACUGUACACGCAAAUGAUCUAAAAAAAAUGCCCUCUGUCCGUGUGUCACACUUUCCUGUUUCAUUGAAAAUCAAAUGUACAGAAGCAUUCCUUAUGUCAUACUGACAGCUGCCUUGUACACAGACCUGGGUCAAAAUGGUGUUUCAUUUUUAUUUAUUUUUUUGUUGUUGUUUUUCCAUUUUUUGAGUUCAGUAGUUUUAAGUUAUGAGAGAAAUGUAAUGCCUUUUCAUUGUUUGAAUAGGUGCAAGUGCACUGAGUGGGAUGCACCUAUUGUUCAUUUUUAAAUUUUUAAGUAAUUAUAGCUUUAUUAUUGUAAUUAUUAGAUCAGUUUUAUUUUUAAAAACAAACCUUUCAGCAACAAAAGCACAGUGAGCUCAAAGCACUGAAACUUCAGAAACAAGAAGCAAAAACACAAACCACAAGCAAGACAGAACAUUUUCAUUAUUUUGUCUGCUAGCUUGUGUUUUGUCGAUUCGAUUAUCUAUUGUGUUCUGUUGAUUGAGUUGGAUUGUCUUUGUAUUUUGUCUGUUUACUUGACUGUUUUAGAGUGCUCUGAGCUCUCUCAGCCACCAUACAAAGUAAUUAGAACCAUGAUUCACAAUUAACAACAUCUGACCUAAUGAAAAUGUUAAAGUAGAAUUUGUUCAUUUAUUGUGUUGUUUGAAGUUAGAAUCUCAAUAGCAAUUCUUUUGUCAGGCAAUGUGACUUUUACCAAAUAGUUUAUUUCAAAGAUACACUCCCUGACUUUUUACAGAAUUCAGCUGCCUUCUCUGUUCCACACUCAUCCCGUCAUCUUUAAAACUUCAAGAGAAUGGAGAGGAAGGUUUGGGUUGUUGUUGGGUGCUGUAACAAAAUAAGGGACUGAAUCUUUAACAUUUUAUAUCUGGAAGUUUCUCUGUAGUUUCUGUUUUAACCGGCACAUUUCUAUUUUGCACAAAUAUGAAACUAACACAGUUUUGUUUAUAUAAACUAAGCGAGUUGUAACUAUGUUUUAUUUACUUGGUUUGCCAUGUCCUAUAGCCAUAUAUAGCCAAUAGAGUUGUAACAGUGUGCUCUUUAUACACUGCAAACUACAUUUUUGUGCAUGAAUUCGGGUUACAGAAUACACAUUUUAUGUGAGUAUAUAAGAAUAUACUGUAAGUUUUGAUCUAUGUUAGGUUGGGAACCAGAAAAUGUGUUGUUAGCAGCGCUUAAUCCAAACAAAGGCAUUAUUUGACUCAUUUUACAUGUGUGUACACAUGUUCUUGUACGUUUUGUAUCAGAGCUGUACAACAUGUAGUUGGUGUGAUGUGUUAAUGCCAGUCUGGACCCUUUGUAUUUGUUACUUCACUUGAUGAGUUCUUCAGGUAGGUCAUAAUGCACUCAGAUAUAAAAAUCCAGCUUUUUUUUUGGUUUCAAUUAGUUAUUUUAGUUUGACAGUAGUGACCUAUCCAUUUCCCUCACAUCAUUUUCAGUCACAACAGUGGUUGCUAGGAGACUUAUUGUUUUUCAGCUUGUAUGUGAUUGCUUAGAUUUGAAAGUUUAGCUCAGCCUUCUUCCUCAGUCUUUUUUUGUAUGUUGCUCCCUGCAACUGCUGUUCCAGCUAACAGUAGCCCUGGUUUAAGCCUCUUACAUAGAGCUGCUGUUAAUGUAAGCAUGAGAUAGUUUGAAAGAUGGAUUUAGUGGCAGAAAGAACAACACAUGAGCCUGUCGAUUACUGCGCUAUAUUCAGAGCUGAAUGAGAUAUUCGGGUCUGAUGAACAGUAAUGGUAGCCAUGAUGAACAGCAUCUAUACAGCUAUGCACUGACACUCCCCCAGAGACACACACAUAGCAGUGUCUGGCAGUAUAGCUGCAAGCCAUCUCGUAAAACAAUACUUUAGUAGUAGAUGCGAUUUAUUAAAUCAAUGUACUAUGUUCAAACAGGUCCUCAAAAAGUAGACUAAAAAUAACAAAUGUGAAGUGUUAAUUACUAUUAAAGUGCCAUAUCAGGAAUCACACAAAUGACAAAUAUUUGCUGUGAAGCACUCUGUUUAAUCUCUUCACACAAAACAAAACAAACAAUCUUCAGAAGCAUUGUCUGGCAUGGCUGCUGGCCUGCGGUACAGCUGUGCCGCUGGAAUCCAGGGUUACUUAAUUGGCUGAAACUGAAAUGAUUUGGUUUGGGUGUAGUCUGCAUCAUGUGUGUGUGUGUGUGUGUGUGUGUGUGUGUGUGUGUGUGUGUGUGUGUGUGCAAUUGCCAGUUUGUGAGAUUAACUUAAUAUAGAAAGUAUGCAUAACUAAAUGUAUCAGUCAACGUAGUGAGAGGCGUAUACCCCAAUUUAAGAGAGUAAAAGUACAUGUAUUACUUUCUACACUGGAACAGCUUAGCGUGCAUUAUUGUGCUUAUAUCACUGUAAGGACAUUGUGCAACUCAUCUUCAGCGUGUAGUCAGUUUGUUUGCUCAGGUAGUCACAGUUAGUCAGUCUCACUAACUAAACAAAUGCAUCACUAACAAAACCGUUGUUUUCCUAUGGUAUGUUGUACCUGGCUUGUGCUCCUCUCUUGCAUCACGUCAGUUUUUCUGGCGUUUUUUAGACACCCAUAAAUGUUAGAAAUAAUCUCAACUUUUCAGCGCAAGGCGUGGUUGCACUGCUCAUCAGUGUCACACUUGGCCCAGGCAGCCAAUCAAAUCAAGCAAGAGCCAGGCUUUACUAACUCACCUCACACCAUCUCUUCUUCCUGUUUUGAUGUCAGUAAUUGUAGGAAGCACAACAGGAUGAUGACAAAUGCAGAGUGGUAUUUCAAUACAUUGAACUUUAUAAUUCAAGGUCAUCCCAGUAUUAGGUGCUUAUUGGUGAACGCAUGCACAUAGUAACAUGAGCAGCCAGGCAAAUUUCUCCGCUGAUAAUGCUGUUUACUAUGCUAGUAAAUAGGCUAGCUAGCUAGUUAGCUAGUUGUGAGAGAGAAGGGGGAAUGCAUAUCUCAUGUUGUGAUAGUUUUGUGUAGGAGAGAGAGAGAGAGAGAUUGAGAGAGAGAGAGAGAGAGAGAGAGAGAGCACUGCUUGAAUCUAUUUUUUUUUCCACAUUUCAUGAUCAGGUUGCAUACGCAGCCCUACUCCAUAGGCGCACCAUGCUGCUUUGCCUAAUACGUUUUGCCAAGGGGUUUUUGAAGUAGCUGUGCCUGUAGCCACAUCUCCAUGUGGCCUAAUCAGGGUCUGACACUGCAGUUCCACUGCAUGGCUCAGCUCUGCUCAAGCCAACUCACUUUUGGUACCAAGUCCUUUCUUCUGUUUUGUUUAUUAUUGUGUAUAUGUGAGUUUUUAGUUUUUGGGCUGCCUUUAAAAAAUCUGUGUCAAUUGAACAACAAAAAAAAUUGCUGUUGCUUGGCUAUUUAAGGGGCCGUGCACAUGCUGUGUUUUUUGCGCCACCUAAUUAAUUGUUUUCAAUGUAGAUGCACAGCAAAUGCACUCAAACGCCAGAGCAAUGGCGUCCUGGCACGCACGGUUUCCCAAGUGCCUAUUUUUCAGGGUGUAGCGGCUGCGCCCUGCAAUAAACAGAGUUCAACUUUUGUAACACAGCAGCAUGCACUGCAUGUCAUCUAACAAGGAACAACCAAUUACAGUUGGCAUCUUUCCCUUUUCUGUAACUAUCUGUCUGUAGUAAAUAUGGAGAAGAUGUUGAUCAUUUUAGUGCAGGGCUGCCAGAGCUUUACAUCUGUCCCACAGACAGUAGGCCUACACACAAACAGCACCUGGAAGAGGAUCAGCUCUGCACUCUGAUUUCAGGUAAAUAGGCUAUGAUAUGGUGCUUGUUAAGGUUGCUUAGCAACCUCCGAUACAACCUGCCGCCUCGCUCUUGAAAGUUGGCACAGAGUAGGCACAAGAGUAGCACCCAGCACCCGACCUUGCAUUUUCCAGGCAGUUACAGAUGCGGCAUGUGUACAGCCGCUAAAAAUGGUGGGGUUUUGCAGGAUGUGCCCUGUCGCACUUUCUAACCAGUCAGUGGUCUGCAUUGUUUUAACUCCAUCUUCUAGUAUGGGCUCAGCUUGUUUGGAUCGUUGACCGAGGUGGUACCAACAAAUCACCAGGUACCAGGUACUAUCUACAACUUUUGCUACUGGAAAAAAAAUAAUAAAGAGUUGAGGUGGAGUCGAGCAGAACCAUGCCGCACCAUCCAGUGGAAAUGCAGCAUUUGUUUCACCAGCUCUAAUUCAUGUGUCUGACUGGCUUUUUCGUCAUGACAAUGGCGGCCAAAGCUCAUGGGUAUUGUAGCAGUUAGAGCCAAUAACACAAAAAGCCUUGCAUGGACUAUGCGCUAAAGCCUUACAGGGCUCUUCAAGUGAAGUUUUUACCACAUUCAGUUUUGCAUUUACAGCAGCAGUGUUUUCUUCUGGUCUCACUGUUUUUUUAAUUUAAAUUUUGAAUUAAGUAGGAAAUGAAUUCUUCAUUAAGACAGUUAACCUGCUUUAUUUUGAUCAAAGUAUAAAUCUUGAUGUAUGAUUUGUUUAAUUUUGAAUACUUGUCAGACUCAAACAAUAUCUUUGAACGAGUAGGAGGGCAUUAUACAGAAUUUGCAUGCUAAUAUAUUUUCAUCAUUCUUUCCUAUAUCAGUGAUUGAACAUUAUUCAUACUGUACCUUUGAUGUUUUCUUUUCACACAUUCAAAAGAAAUCUGCCAACUGAGUGACCUUUGUGUAGGUUUCUGUGCUACCACAACAUUGAAGUGAGGUAUUCACUGCAAUCCACAUGCUGAGUUGUUGUUAGUUUAGUGCAGUGUCAGAACUGAAUGUUUCAUGGUAAUGGCAAUGUUUUUGUUUUCCAGAAUAAUUUGUUUUUACUUUUUAUAAUCCAAAGAAUGGCAGCUGUCGUAACUGAUUGCCAAACAGAUAUAUGCACAAGUCAACUUUGUGAGCAACUUGUCACUGACUCAGAAUAAAGAAACUUUUUCA